AAGUAUAAAAUAGCUUGCACAGAAACGAGUGUGUUCUUAUCUCAACGUGACAAGAGCAUUUGUUCUCCCGCACACCUGUCAGUAUCGCGAGUGCUAUGGUGCAGAAGAGAGCGAGCGACGGCGACGGCGGCGCUGCGCCGGCGCACGCCGAGCCCGGCGCGGCGCUCGAGGCCGCCCUCGACCAGCUGAAGCCCUUCGGCCUGUACCAGCGGUACGUGGUGAUCCUGCUGUGCAUCCCCAACCUGUUCGCAGCGAUGUACUCCAUGAACUAUGUGUUCGUGGCUGAGUUGGUGCCUUUCCGUUGCGUGAUACCAGAGUGCGAAGGUUGGCCUUCACAAGACCAGUUCAGCAACGAGACGGUGUGGGCUCUCCUGCCCAACUCCACCUGCGAGCGAUACCAGCCACUCAACAACAACACCAUUGAUUCCUGCCACCCAAAAGAUUACAGAGUAGUGACACAAGAAUGUGAAGAUAUACUUUAUGAGAAUGAUAAUACUGUAUUUUCUGAGUUCGGUCUGGGGUGCCGGCCCUGGCUGCGGACGCUGGUGGGCUCCGUCCGCAACACCGCGCUGCCGCUCGCGCUGCUGCUCACAGGAUAUGUCUCCGACCUAUGGGGUCGCCGCACCGCCUUCUGCAUAUUCUCCGGCUGCGCGGGCGCACUGGGCAUCGUGAAAGCUCUUUCUAUUAACUAUAAUAUGUACAUCUCCAUGGAAUUCUUUGAAGCGAUGCUCGGAUAUGGAUUUAACAGCGCAGGAUAUGUCAUGGUGGUGGAGUUAGCGCGUCCUCAAGUGCGCGCAGCGUUCGCGUGCGCCACGGGCGUGGCGUACGGGCUCGGCGGCGUGCUGUUCGCGCUGGCGGCCUGGGGCCUGCCCCACUGGCGGCAUCUGCUGGUCACCAUCCACGCGCCUGCGCUGCUGCUGCCUCUCUAUUGGAUGCUGCUGGACGAGAGCCCGCGGUGGUUGUUGGCCAGAGGACGGGGAAUGGAACUGACUGCCGUCUUGAAGAAGAUGGCUAGAGUCAACAAGGUAGUUCUCAAUGAAGAUUUAAUAAAACCAUUAGAGAGCAAUGACGCGCAAGAAGCAUCAAAGACAGACGGCAACCCAUGGCUGCGGCUGGUCAAAUCCCGCGUGCUGGUGGGCCGGUUCGCGCUGUGCGGGUGGUGCUGGGCCGCCUGCUCGUUCGUGUACUACGGGCUCAGCAUCAACUCCGUGUCGCUGGCUGGACAGAGGCACGUCAACUUCGCCCUCAACAUGGCCAUGGAGAUCGUGGCGUCUCUUUUGCUGAUGAUGCUACUGGAACGCGUUGGCAGGAAGCGCACAGUCUUCUUCUCGUUCCUGCUCUGUGGCGUAGCCUGUGUCGUGCCUUUCUUUAUAACCCACUCCGGCACGGGUCUCGGCCUGUUCUUCAUGGGGAAGCUAGCCAUCACGUGCGCGUUCAACUCGCUGUACGUGUUCACAGCGGAGUUGUUCCCCACGCACGCGCGCAGCUCGGCGCUGGCCGCCACCUCGCUGGUGGGCCGAGUUGGCUCCAUCCUCGCGCCACAGACGCCGCUGCUUAGUGGGUACGUCCAAGCGAUGCUGUACGGCGGGUGCUCCCUAUCAGCAGCUCUGCUGGUGCUGCUUGUGCCGGAGACGAGGCGCGCGGUGCUGCCGCAGAGUGUCGCCGCCGCCGAGCAGCUGCGGGAGCCCGAGGCGGCGCUCCCCGCGCCUCCGCCCCCACCCCCCGCACGUGUUGUACUCUCGGCAGACAUGUGACAGCUUCAGUAGUCUAAUAGCAAAUUAAGUUUAAAAAAACUAUCUAAGUUAAGGCUUUAAAUUUUGAAAAUGGAACUAGCAAAUGUUUAACGGUGUGGUCGAAUUGUUCUAGUCAAUUUUUUAUCUAAGUCACUUUAGUUGGUCCAGAAAACUGACGAUUUCCAAUGAAGCGACAAUAAUAUAAAUUUGCCGUCAUACGAUAAGAUAGAGAUGUCUUUGGUGUAAAUUGACAUCCGGUGAAAAUUCUACACAUGAUCUUUGGAAGCAGUAGUAGUUACGAGUAUAAUUAGAUUUAAGUGAUGUGAUGUCAAUAAGUGAUACCUUGUAUCCAAUUUUGAAAAUAAAUCUAUUCUAUUCUAUUCUAUGAGGUAACCAUAGCCGCUGGUCGCGACUUAUCCCAAGACAUUUUAAAUGCAGCACAUGUUGUUAACUUUUUUAAUAAUUCUGCUCCCAAAUGUACUUAUUAAUCUUAUCUACUCGUAAUAAUGAAGAAGGUUUACUCAGUUUGUACUGCAGGUAUUCAUACCUAAUCCCUUCUUCAUUGUUCAGUAUUUACAUUAACUUAAAUGUACAAGUGAUACCCAGCUAUUAGGUAUUAUUAUAAUUAUAGUAUUAUAUUAAAAUGAUAGUAAAGUUACGUGUACAAGUAAGAUACUUGUUAUAUAUUAAAAAUAAAUAUUUUUAAGGCGAUAAAUUAAUUAUUAUUGGUAGUACUUAUUUAUCGUUUAAGUAGAAAAAAAUACUUUGUAACUUUUACUUGCGCCUAAACUGAAAUAAAUUAAAAUAACAGGUAUUUUGUAAAACCGUCAUUUAUUUAAAACUCUGUACAAACAUGUCUUCACAUUCCACCAACAGGACUGGAUGAAAUACUUUUCGGCUUCCCGUUGACGAUAUAUUAUUAAGAAUCUAUCAGGAACCCUGAAGAGAGUUGUAACAUUUUCAGGGCUCGUAAACAUGGCUGCGUGACCCAGUCCUCCUUACUCAUAACACAUUGCAACUUUCUAUGGAUGUAAACAUAUAUAAUUAGCUACCAAAUAUAAAAAUAGUAAUUCAUUGCACGUAAAUAAAACACCUACCCCUAGGACCAACAUGACACGUAAAUAUAUUUAACUUUUUUAAGUAUUAUUUUUCGCAAA